AUGUCCAGCUUAACAAAUGGAACGACUUCAAAUGAUGAAACGACGACUAUUUAUUUGUCUGAAACGGCGGUCGGAAUCCAAUCCACAGCGAUACUUUUACUUACGGUGGCCUCUUUGAUGUGUAACGCCUUAGUUGGAUAUGUGCUCAUGAAAGAUCCCGAGCUACUAUCGCAUUCAUCGGCAAGAAAACUACUUGUGAACUUGACCGCGUCUAGUUUUUUACUCUCCUUGACAGUUUUUCCGUUUGUAGUCGGUUCAAGUAUAAAGCAAAAGUGGAUAUUUGGAGGCGAAUGGUGUCAAAUCAGUGGAUUUCUUACUGUGUUAUUCUCAUCGUCUUCUUUGGGCAUGGUUAUGUUUUUGAGCAUCGACCGCUAUCACUGUAUAGUAAACCCGUUAAAUUACAACUCAAGAAUGUCACCGACGCGUACAAACUUUUUCAUUGCGUGUAACUGGCUGGCAUGUUUGUUUUUAGCGUUAUUGCCUUUAGUAGGAUGGGGUAAAUAUGGAUAUCAAUCUGCCAAAGUUUCUUGCACUGUCAUAUGGAGUGACUCGAUGAGCGAAGGAUACAGCAAACUUUACUGCAUAGUGACGCUUUUUAUUCCCCUAUCGGUCAUGAUAUGGGCAUAUUACUACAUACUUAAAGCAGCAAGAAGACAUGCCAGAGUCGCAGUAAUAGCCGUGUUACCCGCAUCGGUGUCAGGGCUACGAACAGCAACCCGUACGACAAACCGACAGAACCGAAACUCUAUAACGUCAAAUGCAAGCACAUUCACGGGCUCAAAAGCGUUGCGGACUACAUUUCUAGUUCUGGGAACUGUUGUAUUUUGCUGGGGACCCUAUGCCAUUUCUAUUUUGUUAGAGUCGGAGCAAAUACCGGUACGAUAUGAAUUACAGACUACUUUUGUUAUGGUGUCGUGUUCAAGCGCUCUUCUCUAUCCUAUUAUCUACGGGUUUCACAUAAGAGUGAUCAGGCGAAGUAUCAGGCGACUCGUAGCUUCUAUCUUACUGUGCGGCAAUGUUGUUCGGCGUCCAGCGAGCAAUGCCACGUUCAUUGUCUCGCCAACGGCUUCUUUCAGAAAUAGAUCAGUUUCGGAUGGUUCUGUGAAUUCGUUUGACAUGACUUUUUCACCUCGGAGGGAAAGCGAGAGUCUUGGGUUGCCAGCUAUCAAAGAAGAGUUUGAAAUCGAGAACAAACCCAACAGAACUAGAUCAACGGAAGUCACCGAUUUGGAGUUCUGUAACCUUCCAGGAAGUGUGGAUUGUUAA